CAUACGGACGUACAUAUAGUGCAGACAACAUGGAUUCUCCAGCGAUGAAGUCGCAUUACGACUAUAUUGUGGUGGGGUGCGGAGGGAUAGGCAGCUCCGCCGUCUACUGGCUUUCAAAGAGGGUGGGAAAUGGUGUACUUGGACUAGAGCAGUUCAAGCUGGGACAUGUUAACGGUGGAUCACAAGACCACUCGAGGAUUAUACGUCUCCAAUACAACGAAGCAAAGUACACAAGACUAACCCGUGAUACAUAUAAAGCAUGGGAGGCGGUUGAGCAAGAGUCCGGUGUUCAGCUCGUCUAUAAAGUCGGUGCUAUUCAGUUCGCCAAAAAGUCCGUGAUGGGAGCAACUAUCGACGCAUAUGCCGAGGCCAUGGAUGCCAACCAGAUUCCGUAUGAGCGAUGGUCAGGCACAGAACUUCGCCGUCGAUUUCCGCAGUUCACCGUCGGUGACGAAACCGUAUGCUUGUGGCAGAAAGAUGGCGGGCUCGUGGACGCGUCCAUGGCGAACGCUGUCCAGAUCCAGUUGGCACGGGCUAAUGGCGCAGACAUUCUGGACAACUGUCCCGUUAUCAGGAUUGACCGGGAUGACCACGGCCGGACAGUGGUCCACACCCCAAAGGGAAUGUUCAGCUGUAAGCGUGUGGUUGUUGCGGCAGGAGCGUGGAUUAACCACGUAUUGGGAUCAGUCGGUGUCCAUAUUCCGGUGGUGGUCACACAGGAACAAGUCACAUACUUCGCCACUCCACACGUCAAAGAGUUCACCAAGGCGAAAUUCCCGGUAUGGAUAUACAACUCACCAAAACAUGACCUUUAUGGCUUACCGAUUCAUGGAAUUUCUGGAUCUAAGAUAGGGAUCGACGCUGGUGGUAACCAAGUAACACCUGAAACCAGGAACUUCACUCCAGAUCCGGAAAGGGAAAAAGCCUGUAUUCACUUUUUAAAAUCUAUCAUUCCAAGGUCACUGGGACCAAUUUUGGAGAGUAAAACGUGCCUGUACACUAUGACGCUGGACCGGUCCUACGUCAUCGACACUCUGGAGUCACGUGGUUGGCCGGAGAUUGUCUUUUGCUGCGGAGCUGGCCAUGCGUUCAAAUUUGCCUGUCUGCUGGGUAAGAUACUAAGUGAGCUGGCCAUUGACGGACAGACCAAGUACGAUGUCAUGGCCUUCACCAUGAACAGGCCCGCCAUUACAGACCCAACGUUCAAGCCUCAACUCCAGAUGGUUGUUCAAAAUGAUUUUACCUCUAAGCUCUGAAGGAAAGAAGGGCAGUGAAUUUUACGUAGCCACAACAAACCAAAAAACCUGUCUUUGGAUCCUGUGACGUGAGGUGUCGGACAACUCAGCCAACGCAUAUUCACUGGGCGUAUGAAUCAAUGAUUAUUUACGUUCCCAUAUUAUAAAGCCGUUGUAAGAUAGACUGUGUGGAAUCAAGAGAAAAGCACUGUGAUGUCAACAGAAAUGUACUGUGAUAUAAGUAGAAAAGUACUCUGGUAUAAACAGAAAAGUACUGUGGUAUCAAUUGAAAUGUGCUGUGGUAUCAACUGAAAUGGACUGUGAUAUCAACAGAAAUCUCAAAUAACAACAGCAUCAGUUUAAAUUCGUUAUUCACCGUGGUAGACUUGAUAGAAGUUAUGUCUGGAACAAACCUUUUUUAUUCAAAAGUCAUUAAGCGAAGGCCUUCGAAAUCGAAAACUGUUGUUGAAAGUCGCUUAUUUCUACAUCACUGAAAAGUUACGUGUACGAUAAAUUUGGAAAAUUUAUAUGAUUGUUUAACGCCCAAAUAUUAUUCACUGAUACGACAAUUUUAUGGCGGGAAGAAACCGGGGUAAAAUAUUAACCUUUGGCAGGUUGUUGACGGGGUUUCUCACCUGUGACAUAUAGAUAUGCACACCAUCUUGGUGGAAGACUGAGCCCUCCUUAGUAAUCUUCAAUUGAGCCUUACGUUAAAAUGUUGGUUAGGUAUCGUGACAAGAGGUGGCUUCCUGCAGGUUUUAUUCGGUUUCUUCCAUGAAUAAUCCUGGCCUGCGUUGUAUAAGUGCAAAAUUCAGUAAUCUUUUUAAUGGAAGUCAGGGAAUUGCACUGUGUAUUUUGAUGAAUAUUUUUAAAAACUUUUCUGCGUAUAA